AUGGCAGAUACCAUUCCUGCUCCUUAUGAUACCGUGGGACUCUCCGAUGCGAGAAAAAGGGUCCAGAAGUGUUUUCAACGAAUCUACCGAAAGAUCAAGCUAUGGCCUUGGGAAUGGCUGCCUCCAAAUUUCAACCCGAGACCCGAAGACUGGAACAUUAAUUGCUCGCAGAAUGUGGCUCAAGUAGUGGAUCUCGUUAGUGAAGAUGGUUCACUUAUAACACACUUUGAGUUACGCGACUUUCUGGUUCGCCUGUACGAGGAUAGUCAUCGACGCCAGGAUGAAACAUCAGGCCUAUCAUCACGCUUGGCGACGGACUGCAGGUUGGCCAAACAAUGGAUUUCACAGAUGCAAAACGAACGCAAGGUUGCCACAAUUGUCCAAGCACCAGAAAACUCGGAACCGGUCUCUGAUUCUCUGCGUAACGGUGAAUGCUGCGACAGCCAAGCCGAAUCUGAUUCUGAGUCUGAUACUGAUACUGAUAUCCUGAACAUCCCCCAAGGCUUCGAAAUCCCAAAGGAUGCCAACGGGAUCCAUAACCAACGAUCAUUUACCCAUACAGAGCCCGAAACCGAUGUCAAUCACUCUCUCAUAAAUCAGAUGCAAGCUCCCAUGCUUCAACAAUCGGUUCCACGAAAACGCGCUCGACGAAGUGUUAGUCCUGAUAGCGACUACAGUAUCCCGCCAGAAGAAGGAUCAAUCUCUCAUAGUUUCAACGCGGAUCUGGAGGUGCACCAGAUUCAAACCCACUAUCGAAUCUCAGCUAGCCGCAACAUCCAAGCAUUAGACGAACGUAUCGAAAACACUGAGAAACUAAUGAAAUUGUGCUCGGAUGAGGUCAUUGAUCGAGAACACGCCGCCAAGCAUCUUAACGUACAUGACAAGGAGCGAGCCCGUCAAGAGGCUUCCGAGUUACUCGAAGAGGCGCAAGGACAACUUAAGGAAGCUGAAUCAUUCAAGCAAUCCAUGGCUGCUAGAGUCAAGAAGCGGGGUGACAAGUGCCCAAAGCCAUACUACGACGCCUACAGUGAGAGUAUCCGGGAUCUGGAAGGAGCUAGGAAGAGACACGACCACGCGAAGAUGAACCUUGAAGCACUGGAAUACGACACAGAGAGUGGUCUCCAAACAUACACAGAGACCCUUGAGAGGAUCGAGAUCUUGAAGGACAACAUUACCGAAUGCGAGCGAGUCAUUACUAAAGAAACAAAAGAGAAAAGAGCUUUUUAUGCCAAACUUGCUAUUCUGGAUAUCCUGGGCUGCAACAAACUCGACCUUGUUCCUACGGAGACGCUGGAGAUGUUUUGUUCUUCCACGAAUGAAGUUCUCAGGUCUGUCAACGAGAACAUGUCUGAAAUUUAA